UGCGGAGAGUGAGGAUGAGCCGAUAGUCGGUCCCGGCCCAGCGCCUCGUGCUCGGCCCAAGCGGCCUCUUCAGUUCGAGCAGGCUUACCUCGACGCAUUACCCUCCGCUCUCAUGUAUGAGAAGAGUUAUAUGCACCGAGAUGUGGUUACUCAUGUUGCUGUGUCCCCGGCCGAAUUUGUGGUCACUGGAAGUGUUGAUGGACACUUGAAGUUUUGGAAGAAAAAGCCCAUUGGCAUUGAAUUUGCAAAGCAUUUUAGGUCCCACCUUGGUCCCAUUGAAGGUCUAGCUGACUUUGCUUUGCAGGUUAGUGCUGAUGGUUUGCUUUGCUGUACAAUUUCAAAUGAUCUUUCUGUGAAGAUAUAUGAUGUUGUCAACUAUGAUAUGAUGGCCAUGAUUCAAACAUCCUUUGUUCCUGGUGCUGUUGAGUGGGUCUAUAAACAAGGGGAUGUCAAAGCUAGGCUUGCCAUCAGUGAUAGAAACUCAUCAUCCGUACACAUUUUUGAUGCAAGGGCUGGUGAAAAUAAACCUUUAAUAUCCAGAAAGAUACACUUGGGGCCGGUGAAAAUCAUGAAAUACAAUCAUGAAUAUGAUACAGUGAUAUCAGCUGAUGAGAAGGGAAUGAUUGAAUAUUGGAAUCCUGCUACACUUGAGUUCCCAGAGAAUGGGAUGAAAUUCAGAUUCAAAAGUGACACAAAUCUCUUUGACAUUGUGAAAUGCAAAACUUCAGUUUCUUCUAUUGAGGUUAGUCCAGAUGGCAAACAAUUUUCGGUUACUUCACCUGAUCGUAGGAUACGUGUAUUUUGGUUUCUAACUGGUAAAAUACGUCGAGUUUAUGAUGAAUCCCUUGAGGUGGCCCAGGAUCUCCAAAGAAGUGUCGUACCUUUGUACCAGCUGGAAGCUAUAGACUUUGGUCGAAGAAUGGCUGUUGAGAAGGAAAUAGAGAAAACAGAAACUGCACCACAGCCGAAUGCAGUUUUUGAUGAGAGCUCAAAUUUUCUUAUAUAUCCAACUCUUCUUGGGAUAAAAGUUGUAAACUUACAAACUAAUAAAGUUGCCCGCAUUCUGGGAAAAGUGGAAAACAAUGAUAGGUUUUUGAGAAUUGCCUUGUACCAAGGUGACAGAAGCAGUAAAAAAGUUAGAAAAAUUCCUGCAGCUGCAGCAAAUGCCAAUGAGAGUAAAGAGCCUCUGUCAGAUCCCACUCUCAUAUGUUGUGCCUUCAAGAAACACAGAAUAUAUCUGUUCAGUCAAAGAGAACCGGAAGAGCCUGAAGAUGCAACCAAGGGAAGAGAUGUGUUUAAUGAGAAGCCUCCUGCUGAUGAACUCUUGGCUGCCUCUGAUAUAGGCAAAUCAGUCACAACGUCCCUACCUGACAAUGUGAUUAUACAUACAACAAUGGGUGACAUACACAUGAAGUUGUAUCCAGAAGAAUGCCCUAAAACUGUGGAGAACUUCACAACACAUUGCCGGAAUGGCUAUUAUGAUAACCUCAUAUUUCAUCGCGUCAUCAAAGGUUUCAUGAUACAAACAGGAGAUCCUUUGGGAGAUGGUACUGGUGGCCAAUCUAUUUGGGGAAGGGAGUUUGAGGAUGAAUUUCACAAAAGUUUACGACAUGAUAGGCCUUUUACGGUAUCAAUGGCAAAUGCUGGCCAAAACACAAAUGGAUCUCAGUUCUUUAUCACAACAGUAGCCACUCCGUGGCUGGACAACAAGCACACAGUUUUUGGAAGAGUGAUUAAGGGAAUGGAUGUUGUUCAGGCUAUAGAAAAAGUAAAGACAAACAAGGAUGACAAGCCCCACCAAGAUGUGAAAAUUCUGAAUGUCACUGUCCCCAAGUCUUAAAGCUCAUAUAUGGUAGACCAGUCAUCUGUCUGAACAUGAUGUGUUUUGGUGACAUGUGGAGGGAACAGAUUGCAUUCAGGUUUUGUUUUAUCCAUCAUUUUACCUGCGGUCACCAUUGUUUCGGCACUGUAAGAAUGAGGAAAUUGGAGGCUUGGAGCUAACAACUGGAGGUCGGAAAAUGGAACAAAGGAGCAUGGAUUACAUUGUUGGGGAAGAACCAGGUACCAGUGUCAGCUCUUUAGUACGAAGAGAUUUCUGAAGCUGAACUUACUGCCUACCAUUUUCUGUGGUUCAUAAUUUUGUUAUAUGCUUGACUGCAUCAUAGCAAAUCCCAGCUAAAGAGAAAACCUAGCUACUGAUGUGUACUGACCCGAACAUGGACUGUUCGACUCCCUGGCACAGACAACAGCCAUUGAUGAUUUUUACGCAGUUUUACUUAACUAAUAGCUAGGAUUAUAUUUCCUGCUAAAAUCCA